AUGCAUACGCCAACACGCCAGCCCAUAGUUACGACAGGAUCAUCCGGCCAAGUCCGUCAAGUACCAACUUCAACAUCAGUAUCAUCACUUCAAUCAAAUCAAACUGCAGCAUCGAUGGCACCAAUCCUAUUUGACAAUACUCAAAGUAUUCGAGCUCCCCCACCUGCUGGAGUUGUUUCUGCUGUACCGCCGCCACUUCCUAUGAUGAUACCGUCAAGUAAUCCUCCCCUGCCUAGCGUGAUGCCAAACACUGCUUCGACUGUUGGUCCAAUACCUGUUAUGCCUCCUGAUGCUGCAGCUAGAUUAGGAAUGUUAAAUCAAUCUGUCAUUCAGCCCCCCCUGCCACUUCCUAUGACAAUGUUAGUCCCUCCAAUCAAUAAUCUUACUGAGGUACAACCAGGUAUUGGAGUAAUGAGCGCCAAUCCCACUAACUCAAUGCAAAAUUGGGGCAACAUCGCCGCAAUACCGCAAUUUCCACAACAGCCAGGCACUGGAACUAAUUUACCUGUUAAUCAUUCAUUUCAGCCACCACCGAUGAACUCUAACAUGAGACCUAGUAAUUCUGGUUCUUUUCAAAACUGGAUGGGUUAA